AUGACAAAAGAAGUGUUGCUCGGACUGUGCUUGGCAUUGGUUCCUGUUUGGACAGCCACAGCCCCAGAGACAGAAUCACUAACAUUAACUGAUCCAGUGGUGGUUCUAAAGCCUGGCAGUGUGCGUGGGCAAUACAUGAAAGUAAAAGGAUCGGAUAAGAUGGUUGCGCAAUACUUGGGUAUCCCUUAUGCCCAGCCACCUAUUGGCCCGCUCCGCCUGGCUGCUCCUAAACCUAUAGAAGGAUGGGGCAUGAGACAUGCCAUUGAGCACCCUGUUAUGUGCCUUCAAGAUCCAGACAGUGCAGUUUUAGUUGCAAAAGCCAUGUCUUUGGAUUUCUCAUCCCGUGGAGUUUCAGAGGACUGUUUGUAUUUAAAUAUUUACACUCCUUCAGGAUCAGAUAAACUUCCAGUGCUGGUUUGGAUUCAUGGAGGAGGGUUAGUCAUAGGCGGAGCUUCCAUGUAUGAUGGAUCCCCAUUGGCAGCCUAUGAGAACAUAGUUGUUGUUGUCAUUCAGUAUCGACUUGGAAUUUUAGGAUACUUCAGUUCAGGAGAUAAGCAUGCACAGGGAAACUAUGGCUUCCUAGACCAGAUCGCAGCUUUACAGUGGGUACAGCAACACAUUGAACAUUUUGGAGGUGAUCCUCAGUCCGUUACCAUAGCUGGGGAGUCUGCAGGUGGAAUCAGUACAUCUCUUCUGACAUUAUCACCCAUGGCCAAAGGUUUGUUUCAUCGGGCCAUCUUUCAGAGUGGAGUGGCAACCUUGACAGAUUUCUCUGAAAGUCCUCUGGUGGCUGCAAAGGUGAUGGCAAAUAUUACUGAGUGUGGCUUUGAAUCUACAGAAUUGCUGGUGAAAUGCUUGAAAGAGAUGACUGAGACACAGUUAAUUAAUGCAACUAAAAAGAACAAAGCCUUUCUUGGAGCAACAGUUGAUGGGGAAUUUCUUAAAAACACAGCAGAGGAGGUGCUGAAGAGCAAAGACUUUCAGAAAGUUUCUGUUCUUCUGGGUAUAACAAACCAUGAAUUUGGAUGGAUACUCCCUGGGGCUUUUUCUUCACCAGGAUGGGAAAAAGGAAUGAACAGACAAUCCGUGAAAGCAGUGCUGGACAUGUUUAAUAGAGCUGGAGCAUCAGGGGCCAAUGAAAUCAUAAUGGAUGAAUAUUUAAAAGACGCCAAAACACCAGAGGACAUUCGCAACGCAUUUACUGAGAUGCUUGGAGAUAUUUUUAUGGUGAUCCGCGUCAUUAAAGUUGCAGAUUAUCAUAGAGAUGCUGGGGUACCCGUGUAUAUGUAUGAGUUUCAGCAUCGGCCCAGUGUAUUUAAAGAUCUCAGACCUAGCUUUGUAAAGGCUGACCAUGCCGAUGAUGUUGGAUUUGUCUUUGGGUCUUGCUUCUGGAAUGGCCAUCUCAAGAUAAUAGGCACACCCAGCGAGGAGGAAAACAAGCUAUGCAAAACAGUGAUGGGAUACUGGGCUAAUUUUAUUCGUAGUGGCUCACCAAAUGGACCUGGAUUGGUGCAAUGGCCUUUGUAUGAACAGUCUGAAAAAUACAUGAACCUGGGAUUAAACCAAGCAGAAGGACAAGGUUUGAAGAAGGACAAACUGCACUUCUUCAAUGUAGAGUUUCCUAAAAAGCUUUUUGCUCUCCAUGCGGCAUAA